AUGUUUCCGCACGGCGGUGGCUGUGGGCCGCUGCCCCACCCACCCACACAGCGCAGGCGUGGAGAGGUGGGCGGCAACGUGCAGCGGAGUCGGGUGUGCCCGUCUGCCGCGCGUGUCUACCGCUUCCUAACCGACGACGUCGCCACGCAGAACAAGGCGUGCAGCAAAGUGCUUCAGGCGCCGUCGGCAGCAGUGUUUAACUCCACAACCUUACUGAAUGACGUAUCUUAUGACGUCACUGUACCAACUGUUGUUUUGACAGUGUGGCAGGACACAACAUUAGCUGAUAUUGCAAUGUUAGUGCUGGAGGGCGUUCGUGAAGAUAUUGAUCGUGUUUUUCUGGCGACUCAAGGAGGUACUAAGGGCGGAGUGGAGAGUGAUGUGUGUAGUCUUACCUCUCGGUGUGCGGCAUACGUAGUAAAAUUAUAUUCAGGUUCUGUGGACGCGAAUGGCACUGCAACACUGUGUGCACUUGCCACAAUUGAACUGCGGCAAGUUGUGAGUCAGACGCCUUUUGUUUUCCCUGUGCGCUGCUUCUCUAGUUUCGAGGUUGAUACGACUGUGUCGCGAUUGCCGUACAGAUUGGGUGAUCCUUUUUUUUUACGUGUGUGCGGGUGCAGUAAUGCGUGA